AUGCCAGUCCUUGUUCACCCCUGUAAGUCUUUCUCCUUCCUCGACUCAUCUCUGCAGCUUAACAAUUUGAACAUACCAAGCAGAGCGCUUGCAAGCAUCCCCAAAUACUCAAUUGCAAAGCGUCCAAGUUAUAGCUCAUUUUCCACUAUUGGGUUGUCUAAAAGACUGAAAAUUUCUAGGAAUUUACCCAUCUGGGGAAGAAAGCGCAUUACUUUUUGCUCUAGGAGUGAUGUGUAUGACGUUUUUUCGAGUACCCAUUUGGUCAAUAAGUCCGAAGGAGAUGUAGUUGAAGAGAAUGAAGAGCUUGAGUUGCUAGAUAAGCCUUCCCCUAUGCCUAUUAAUAAUGGGUCUGUUUCAGAAGUAGAUAAAGAUUCUGAAAAACUUGAUAAUGAUUCUGAGAAGCUUGAUAAAGACGAGGCCUUAGCGCCUUUCUUGAAGUUUUUCACGCCAAGAGAUUCUGCAGAUGGAGAUGGGGUAGAAGAAAAGGGAGGUGAGAUAGGAGUUUUUGAGGAAAAAAGUGAAUUGGAUGAUGAAAAUGAGGAAGUUGAGAAGGUUAAUGUUGAGUACUAUGAACCAAAACCGGGUGAUUUUGUGGUUGGCGUUGUUGUUUCGGGCAAUGAGAAUAAACUUGACGUGAAUGUAGGAGCAGACUUAUUGGGUACAAUGUUGACUAAGGAGGUGCUGCCUUUGUAUGACAAAGAGAUGGACUACUUGUUAUGUGAUACGGAUUAUGAUGCUGAAAAAUUUAUGGUUAGAGGGAAGAUGGGAAUUGUGAAAACUGAAGCUGUGGAUGGGGGAGCAAUUCCAGGGAGGCCUGUUGUUGAAACUGGAACUGUUUUGUUUGCUGAGGUUCUUGGAAGAACGCUUAGUGGUAGGCCUUUGCUUUCGACUAGGCGACUCUUCCGGCGAAUUGCUUGGCAUCGAGUGAGGCAGAUAAAACAACUGAAUGAACCUAUUGAAGUUACAAUUACAGAAUGGAAUACCGGAGGCCUUCUUACAAGAAUUGAGGGUCUGCGAGCUUUCCUCCCAAAAGCUGAGUUAUUGAGUAAAGUGAACAACUUCACUGAACUCAAAGAGAAUGUGGGAUGCCGGAUGCAUGUGCAGAUUACUCGCAUGGAUGAAGCUAAGAAUGACUUAGUAUUGAGUGAGAAAGAAGCUUGGGAAAUGUUACAUCUUAAAGAAGGAACACUUUUAGAAGGAACAAUUAAGAAACUUUUUCCAUAUGGAGCCCAAGUGAGGAUAGGCGAAACUAACAGGAGUGGCUUGCUGCACAUAUCAAACAUGACUCGUGGUCGAAUUACCUCUGUCAGUGACAUACUUAAGGUUAAUGAGAAGAUCAAAGUUCUAGUUGUGAAGUCAAUGUUUCCUGACAAAAUAUCUCUCAGCACUGCUGAACUUGAAAGUGAACCUGGCCUCUUUUUAUUAAACAGAGAGCGAGUACUUUCAGAGGCUGAAAUGAUGGCAAAGAAGUACAGGCAAAAGCUGCCUGCUGUUCCAGGCAAUCGUAAGUCAGAAUCCCCUCAAAGCGAUGCUCUACCUUUUGAUAAAUUAAGCAUGUAUGCAAAUUGGAAAUGGUUCAAAUUUGAAAAGGAGGAGUAA